AGAGAGGACAAAAGAGAGGGACCUGGAAGAACCAGAUACUUCUGUGACACUGCAAAGGAAGAAGAUCAUUUUGCAAAAGGUCGCCUUCAUCAACUUCUCAAUGAAGAUGCUAGCUGUGUCCGUACUUGUUGCAGCCAUGAUGGCUCUGACUACUGUUCUUCCAGAGGCAGAGGCCGCUGCUGUGGGAGAACCAACAAUUCAAUCAGGAGACGAUCAUGUUGUCAAGAGGUCCACACACUGUGAAAAUCGUUGGUCUCUGUACAGAGGCCGCUGUUUCCGCUACUUCCCAGGAUCCACCAGCUGGGCUGUUGCUGAGAGAUCCUGUCUCGCUUUCAAUGCAAACCUAGCAUCUGUGCACAACAGAGAUGAGGAACAUUGGAUUCAGCGUUUGGCAGGCCACAACGCUGCGUGGAUCGGAGGCACUGAUGCACAACAGGAGGGUUUUUGGUUCUGGGCUGAUGGUACACCUUUCAACUAUGUCAACUGGUGUGGAGGAGAGCCUAAUAACGUUAGAGGCAGUCAGCACUGUCUACAAAUCAAUUGGACAGCUAAUAAGUGCUGGGACGACGAAAACUGCCAUGUUGGGAGAGGAUUUGUCUGUGUCAAGAAACGCUGAUGAUUCCUGGACCAACACAGAGGCAUGAAGUACUUACCAUGAUGCACAAACCUUGGAAGAUGUGCGUUUGUGUCCAUGUUUGUGCACUCGUCUGUAUUUGUGUCUUCAGUCUCAUACAUAACCUAAAGUCUUUAACUCUCUAAUCAAAUAUUUCUUAGCUAUCGCUGUAACGCUACUCAAGGAAAGAAGUGACAAGUUACAUAAACAGGAGCUGUUUCUUAGGGCCUUGUGCUUUAAAGAGCAGAUUGAAUGGUUAUGGAAAGGAUGCUUUAUGCCUAAGUCUAUUCUUCAGUGAUUUGUCUUUCUUGUAUCAUGCAUAAU